ACACACACACACACACACACACACACACACACACACACACACACACAGGCAGCAAAGCUUGCAGAUCAUCAAAUCAACUUCUCAUACAGAUCUACACGGAUAUCGAGCACCAGAAAAUAGAGAUUACAUUUAUUUUAAAACACCAGGGGUACCAUGGUUCGAACAUUGAACAAUAUGGAGGAGCUGAGAGCUUCUAGGUUUGGUCGUCCCUCACCCAGGCACGGACUCAAGCUCCUUUUCUGGUUCGCCAACGAUUACAUCGUCUUCGACGAUGAUAACCAGAUGGUUGCAGAUCACGACCCCAAAGAGGGAGACUUUGGUUUCCAUCACUUCCAGAACAGACGUGAGUGUGAAAACAAUGUCUGCAAGAGGCUGCUUCCUUAUGAUGGCUACCCAUUCUAUGAGGUGGGCAACCUCCACCUCACAGCAUCUGAUUCCAUGCCUGAAUAUGUCAGUGAGGACUACGCUGGUCAGAUAGAUAACAGCAACAUGGACCGCCUCAUCAUCAGUAUGCGUCCAGACAUGACAGUGGAUAAGGUCUAUGUGACCCAGCACGAGGACCUGAGGAGCUUCGACCCGGUCAACACCUAUCGCAUCAGCAGGGGGUUGCUCAUGAGUAUAUGCGGCCAUCCAUCCGCAGACAUGUCACUGAGCAACUUCCUGGAACAGGCGGGCUGUCCCACCCACGAGCCAAAUUUAAUUACACAUCAGGGCAUCGCCCCCAGGGAGUCUAGGGAUACCAAGAUUGAUAUAGAAGGUGGAUCCAGAGUUCCACCCAGAGCUGCACCAGGCUUCUGGGAAAGCUACUGUACCAUACUGUAGAUCAGGGUCCUCUAGUCCUGGUCCUGGGGACCCUGAAGGGGGAACCUUUUAGUUUUUUGCCCUAGCACAUUGCAUUUCAUUUUGGUAUGUUCAUUUUCACUAUUAAAUUUGGUCAUUUAUCAGACACUCUUAUCCAGAGUGACUUCAGUGCAUUAAACUAAGGCAGAUGAACAACAACACACUGUAUCACAGUCAUAGCAAGUAAAACUUUUCUGUAACCAUUACUGAGAAGGUUGUUGCUGUUGGGGCCUGCUACUGGUGUCACGUCCUAACCAGUAUAGGGGUUAUUUGUUAUUGUAAUUUGGUCAGGACGUUGCAGGGGGUGUUUGUUUUAUGUGGUUCAGGGUGUGUGUUUUGUGUAUGUGUUUAGGUAGAGGGGUAUUUGAUUUAUUAGUCCGGGGUUUGUUAGUCAUUGUUCUAUGUUAGUAUAUUUCUAUGUUUAGUUAAUUGGGGUUGGACCUUCAAUUGGAGGCAGCUGGUUAUUGUUGCCUCUGAUUGAGGGUCCUAUAAUUAGGAGUUUGUUUUUCAAUCUGUGGGAGAUUGUUCUUGUUUAGCUGUUUUGCCUGAUGAGACUGUCAGUUCGUUUUGUAUACGUUUAUGUGUUUUCCUUCUUCACCAUAAUAAAAGAAGAUGAGUAUACAUUUUCCUGCUGCAUCUUGGUCUCUACCCUACGACACCUGUGACAACUGGCUAAUGUAUUUCUGUAUUUUAAAAUACGAAAUACAUGCAUUUUAAUUAAAUACACAUCAAAAUACGAGUAUUUGGUAGUUUAUUUUUCAAACAUUGAUCUUUAUGUUAUUUUUUGUUGUUGUAUUUUGACAUUUUUCCCCAUCCCUGGUUGUAAUCAAUGUAGUUUCCUCUUCACUUCAACCCAAAACAUAAAUGUGAUGACAUUAAAUCAAUGUGGAAAGCUGAUUGGAUUUGCAAAUCAACUACAUAAGAGCAUUUCAUCUAGUGGCCGACAAUGAUUACAACAAGUAAUCAUUCUCAAAUUCUUUAGAGGCUAAUUCAUUGAGUCUAUAUACCAAAUCUAGACUCAAUCUGAUCUAUGGUUCAUGAGUAGAUGUUUAAAGUAUUUUUAGCAUUAGCAUGUGUGCUAACAUACAUCUAUAGGUAGAGUGCGGCCAUUUUUGAAUGUAGCAACUAUUUUUUUCUCAAAACUAUUAAAGAUAAAAAUCUGAGGUGAAUCUGAUGUAUGGUUCAUAAAGGAGAAGAUGAUUCCAGACGGUUUUGAACAUUAGUUUUACAUAUGCAAAUAAUGAUUUGUUAAUAGUGUCCUUGUUUUUUAGAGAUAUCAGUAAAACAUUCAGUGUGGUUCAUCUCAGAGACGUCCAUGAUAGUGAUGACAAGUUUCAAGUUGAUAGGCCACUGUGGAGUGGAUUUACAGGGAUUUAAAAUCUGUUGACCCUUAGUGUUUCUCAAACUAGGUUAAGAUGUACCAUGGGCCUCUACAUUCUGAAUUUGGUGUCAUUUGGUUCUAUGGUUCAUGACAAGAAGAUUUUUGACCUACUGUUUUGCAUAUUUUAUCGUUUUAGCGAAUGUGCAUGUACUGGUUAACUGUGGAAAUCUUUGAAAGCUUCAAAGUUAUUUUCUCAAAUGAAUUAGGGACUAAUGUGAUGAGUCCUCUUUAGGGACUAUUGUAAUGAGUCCUCUUUAGGGACUAAUGUGAUGAGUCCUCUUUAGGGACUAUUGUGAUGAGUCCUCUUUAGGGACUAUUGUGAUGAGUCCUCAUUAGGGACUAUUGUGAUGAGUCCUCUUUAGGGACUACUGUGAUGAGUCCUCAUUAGGGACUAUUGUGAUGAGUCCUCAUUAGGGACUAUUGUGAUGAGUCCUCUUUAGGGACUAUUGUGAUGAGUCCUCUUUAGGGACUAUUGUGAUGAGUCCUCUUUAGGGACUAUUGUGAUGAGUCCUCUUUAGGGACUAUUGUGAUGAGUCCUCUUUAGGGACUAUUGUGAUGAGUCCUCUUUAGGGACCAUUGUGAUGAGUCCUCUUUAGGGACUAUUGUGAUGAGUCCUCUUUAGGGACUACUGUGAUGAGUCCUGAAAAAGGGACGUUUCAUUUUUGGAUAUGGUGCCAUUUGGGACUCACCUUGUUGACUUGCCUAGUUAAGUAAAGGUUAAAUAAAUGUUUUUAUUGUUCUGUGUUCUGAUGCCUCAUUCAGUAGUAGCAGGUUGGAGCACGGCGCUGGCCACUGGCUUCACUAGAGGAUAUGAACCCCACAUGGGCCACAUCCACAGACUGGUCAACGUUUUUGUAAGACAAGCCUGAUUCCAUAUUGUAUAAUGAUAUAACACCAUGGAGGUGGGGGAAGUGCAUGUUAUGGUUUAUCUGUCUUUUGUUACGUGAAUGUACUGAUCAAUUAUGCUGCAACGCUAAA